AUGGUCAACUUCGUUCCACCCCUGCCUUUAGGGCUGCCAGCCCGUGAUGAAGCGGCUGAUGACUGUUGGUCAGACUGCUCCGGUGGGUGCACCGCGCAGGUGGUGAUUCAGCAGAGGGCAGCUGCAGUGGCGACCAUGGAAGUCCAGGACCCCGAGCUCUUGCGUGCAACUUGGCCUUCCUCUGUGCUACGGUGUUGUGGCAGAGGCUUGCAGAGAGAUUGCACAGUGGACCAGUAUGGGGAGAGCUUCCCAGCCGAGAGCAUCGACUGCUUCUGGAGCCACUCCUGGCAUGCAGACCCAUGGAAGAAGGUCUGCUUGCUGAUGGUCAUGUAUAAUGGCCGCCCGGCGUUCCUUGCAGGCAACCUCGCUGCCUUGGCCGGGAUGACCCUGGGGUAUGUGGGGCUUCUGCCAUCACCCUGUGCUGUGACGGACCUGGAUGGCGCCAUAUAUGAGUUUGGCCCCUGGGGGUUUACCUUCGGCAGCCUUGCAGCCUUGCUGGUGUUCCUGACAUGGCGACCUUGGUCCACCGUCUUCUUGGAUCGGGUGUGCAUCCAUCAGUCCGACUACAAGCGCAAAGUUGCAGGCAUCUUGAGCCUCGGGGGCAUCCUGAAGCAUUCCAAGCGCUUGUUGGUGCUCUUGGACCCGACCUACCCCACGAGGCUGUGGACUAUGUUCGAGAUCGCAGCUUUCUUGAAAAGCCACAACUCAAGCCGCGAGCUUGUGAUCCGGCCCACAAUUCUGGGACCGACGGCCUUGGGCCUGAGCCUCUUUGUUUUUCAGCUGUGCUUGUGGUUCGUUGCUGUGAUGAAUGGCGCUGGUCUGCAAAGCUUGCUUAUCCAGGCGGGGUGUUCUUGGCCAUUCUAUGUUUUUAUUACCCACAUGUUGCGCCAAUACUUCGCCUGGGUGGAAGAGUUCACGCGCCAGCUGGGGAGCUUCACUGUAGCAGAUGCGCAGACCGAGUGCUGCACUGCGAAUCACGUGGACGCGCGGGGGAGCGGCAUCCCGUGCGACAGGGAGAUCAUCUUGGAAUGUUUGCGCGCUUGGUUUGGCUCAGUGGAGGCCUUUGAGCAUUGUGUAAGAGGCCGGGUUGCCGCAGCCUUGACGGAAGGCCUGGGACUCUAUGCAUUUCCAACCUCAUGGUUCCUGGGCAUCCUCAGCUGUGGAGUCUGGGCUUUCCUGGACUUGGCCCUCGUGCGCCUCCGUGCUGGUGAGUACUACUACGGGCUGCUGGCCUUUGUGAACGUGGUGAGCAUGCCUUUCGCCUUCGGGUCCUUCUUGUACAUGACUGUUCUCUUCGUGGUUUAUCGCUUGAGACGACCUCAUCGCUACAACUACUUGGUGAGCCUGGUCGGGGGUACGGUCCUAGCUGUGGCGACCCGCUUGCCGAUGAUCCUGCGGCCAGUUUUCAGGAAUAUGCUGCAAGAUGACCUGUUGGGGGUCGUGGCCUGGAGCCUGUUCAUGGCUGCCUGUUCUGCACUGGCGCAGUGGAUGUGGACGGCGCGCAGUUUAGGUUCAUUCGAACCAUGGCGAUGA